GUAGUGCGUUGCAUCAUUUUAACUUAAUACUCAUUGCAAAGUGCUGUUUCAUCUCUUUAUUCAGCACAUUAUUUCAGUAAUUUUGUUUUUGUCCCUCGCUAGUCCUUUAUAAAUGGCUGCCAUCUGUAGAUCUAGUAGCCUGCCCUACGACAGCGUCUCCGAACGAGAGCUGUGACUUUGAACCGUGUGCUGUCAUCAAACCACCAGACCCGCGAGACACUGUAGCAGGAUUUCUUGAAAAGUCACGUAGAGAUCUUUGUGACCAAAAUAACACGCUGUGUACUAACAAUGGGGCCCGACGUGAUAUCUGGUUAUAUCCUUUUGGUGGCAGCAAUCUUAUCGUCUUGCGACGCACUUGUUCUUCAUGGCACAACGGCCGAAGUGGAAAUAUGGAAAACGAAGAAUGUAUCUUUAGAAUGUAUGGACAACGAUCAACAGCCGGACAUUAAUUCUGAAGUUAUCAUGAUGCGAAUCCUGAAAAAAGACCACGAUGGAUGGAGUUGUUUUGCAGAACUUCGCGAUGGUGAGGCAGAAGUAACGCCAAAACGUAAGGAUGUACUCGCUGAGGCCAACAAGACUUCCAUCUCUGACAGCUUUCUGCGGCUUACGUGGCCUGUGGCGACUGACGAUACAACUGGCGAGUACAGAUGUGACUUCGUGGUCUUGACGUCACAGGAAAAUUUCAUCUUUAAAAAAAGCCAACCCACGCUCAUCUCCCGAAAGAGUAACCUCACGGUGCAGAUCCUUAACAAAAUAAUGGAGGAGAACAAGAGAGAGUACCUCCAGCGACUGCGGUCUCAGAGAGAAAUCAUCCUGGAAAACGUGACAGUCAUGGCAGAAGAGAGCAAGACACAGUGUAUGCAGCAAAAAGAUGACAUUCUUCAGAACUUUACAGCGAUCGUCGAGUCUUUUGGAGCCAGUUUUGAGAGCAAAUGGAAAGGCCAACUUCAGGUCCUGAGCCGCACAGUAGACCAGAACAAGAGGGAAUGUCCUCAUCAAAUGCUGUCUCAGAAACGCCAGAUUCUGGAACAUGUGGCGGCGAUAAUGGAGCAGACAAAAGAAGAGAUUGUUCAACAAAAAGAAGACAUUCUUAUCAACGUCACAGCGGUCGCUGAACAGGCGGCCAAAAGAGAGUUUGCUGAACAGAGAGAAGACCUUCUAAACAGGGUUACUGCCACGACUGAACAGACGAAAAGUGAGCUUGUUCAACAAGAAGAACGCAUUCUGAACAACCUCACUGCGAUCGUCGAGGCACUUGAGGCGAAUUUUGAACGCAAGCUGGGCGAUUUGAAGAUCAAGUUACAGCCCAAAUCGUGCUCUGAAGCGCAUGAUCUUGGCCCCCGACCUGUAAUUGUCCUGUCUGAUGGAAUGAAAGUAGUCUGCGACACUGUGACAGACCACGGUGGCUGGAUUGUUAUACAGAGACGUGCUUCUGCGGCCGUUGACUUCUAUCGUGACUGGGCAGAUUACAAAAACGGAUUCGGCGACUUUUCUGGAAACUUCUGGUUUGGUUUGGAGAAAGUCCACCAGCUGACCAGCCAGGACAAAUACGAAUUGAGGAUCGAUAUGAAAUACGAAGGAGACGAUUACUACGCCAAGUAUAAGAACUUUAAGCUGUCUGGAGAGUCGGAAAAAUAUAAAAUUCAGUUAUCUGGAUUUUCGGGUAAUGUGGAUGACAAGAUGUCAUAUCAUGAUGGCCAGGAAUUCACCACCAAGGACCAGGACAACGAUUUCUCCAGUUCAGUCAACUGCGCCGUUGAUCGCCAUGGAGCGUGGUGGUAUGAUUCGUGUCAUUACGUGAACCUCAACGGAUAUUGGGGCAGCAAACGGUUAAAGGAGGGCAUGAACUGGUACGGCUUAACGGGAGAGGACGAUUCUGUCAGUUUCAGCGAAAUGAAGAUUCGACGUCUAUCAGACUGACAUCUUCACGACACCUAAUGUUCAAUCCACCGAUUAUAUAUUGUUUAGUUUGUCUAGAUAUUAAUUACUUCUUUUGGAUUUCCUGUGAAGGAAAGGGGAGCAUACCGAUUGAACAACCUCAUAACUUUGAUUGUGAUGCUGCAUGGGGCACAUGUUUAGAUAAUGAUGCUGUCGAUACUGAAAAUAGAUAUUGUGCAUACUC